AAUCCAUUCCAGUGCAGUUGUGUAUUGUGAGUGUUGGUGGUCAGUCGGCGGUGGUGCUGCUGUGCAUGCUCGAGCAGAAGCAGAAUCGGGGCGGAUCAGCUGGCUCCAAUUCUCGGAGGGCUGUCAAUUGCAGUGGUGGAUCGUCGUCAUGAGUUCCGACGGUGUCUCGAACGGCCUGCCUGGCUUGAAUGGCCUGAGCAGAAUUGCCACCAGCGCCAAUGGAGCCGGGAAAUCGCACCGCGAGGUGUGCGCCGAUGACAGUGUGCCCACCGUGCAGGCGCAGAACGUCGAGGAGCUGCACUCGCGGCAGAUGAAGAAGUCGGCGCCCUCGACGCCCCGCGCAGGGCUCACCCCGAAGGCCGGAUCGACCCCGAAGUCGGACGACGACCGCCAGCGCGAGCAGCUCGAGUCGAUCAGUACCUCGCUCGCCUCGCUCACUCGCGAGAGCGGGCCGCAGGUGGUGCGCGGCGACCCCACGCGCAACAAGGCCACGAAGCAGGAGCCCGUCAAGGGCAAGGCGGCGAACGAGCCCUCGGCGCGAGUCAGCGACAUCACCGACUCUGCGCUGAAAUUCACGCACGUCCUCUACAAUCUGUCCCCGGCCGAGCUGUACGAGCAGGCGCUGAAAUCCGAGAAGGGAUCGUACAUCACGUCCACCGGCGCAUUGGCCACCCUGUCGGGCGCCAAGACCGGGCGAUCCCCCAAGGACAAGCGCGUGGUCCUGGAGGAGAGCUCGCAGGAUGAUCUGUGGUGGGGCAAGGGCUCGCCCAACAUCGAGAUGGACAGCGAGACCUUCCUCAUCAACCGCGAGCGCGCCGUGGACUACCUGAACUCGCUCGAGAAGGUGUUCGUGAACGACCAAUUUCUGAACUGGGACCCGGAGAACAGGAUCAAGGUGCGGAUCAUCUCGGCCCGCGCGUACCACUCGCUGUUCAUGUACAACAUGUGCAUCCGGCCCACGCCCGAGGAGCUCGAGGACUUCGGCACGCCGGACUUCACCAUCUACAACGCGGGCCAAUUUCCCUGCAACCGCAGAACGCACUACAUGAGCUCGUCCACGAGCGUGGACGUGAACCUGAAGCGCCGCGAGAUGGUGAUCCUGGGCACGCAGUACGCGGGCGAGAUGAAGAAGGGGCUGUUCAGUCUGAUGCACUACCUGAUGCCCAAGCGCGGCAUUCUGUCGCUGCACUCGGGCUGCAACAUGGGCAAGCAGGGCGACGUCGCAUUGUUCUUCGGGCUGUCGGGCACGGGCAAGACGACGCUGUCCACGGACCACAAUCGGUACCUGAUCGGCGACGACGAGCACUGCUGGUCCGACAACGGCGUGUCGAACAUCGAGGGCGGCUGCUACGCCAAGUGCAUCGACCUGUCGCAGAAGGGCGAGCCCGACAUUUGGAACGCCAUCAAGUUCGGCACCGUGGUGGAGAAUGUGGUGUUCGACGAGCACACGCGCGAGGUGGACUACGCCGACAAGUCGGUGACGGAGAACACGCGCGCCGCGUACCCGAUCGAAUUCAUCCCCAACGCGAAGAUCCCCUGCGUCGGGCCGCACCCCAAGAACAUCAUUCUGCUCGCCUGCGACGCCUUCGGCGUUCUGCCGCCCGUCAGCAAGCUCACUCUGGCGCAAACCAUGUACCACUUCAUCAGUGGCUACACUGCAGUGGUCGCCGGCACCGAGGACGGCGUCAAGGAGCCCACCGCCACCUUCUCGGCUUGCUACGGCGCGGCCUUCAUCAUGAUGCACCCGACCAAGUACGCGUCCAUGCUCGCCGAGAAGAUGCAGAAGCACGGCGCCACGGCCUGGUUGGUUAACACCGGCUGGUCCGGAGGUGGUUAUGGAGUGGGCUCUCGCAUGCGCCUCGCUUACACCCGCAGUAUUAUUGACGCCAUUCACGACGGCUCCCUGCUCGACGCCGAGUACGUCGACACGCCCAUCUUCAACCUUCACGUGCCCAAGGCCGUGGCCGGCGUGCCCACGGAGAUUUUGCAGCCCCAGAACAGCUGGAAGGACAAGGAUGCCUACAACGCCAGCCUGAAGAAGCUCGCCGGCCUCUUCCAGAAGAACUUCAAGAACUUCAGCGACUACGAAGUGGGCGGCGACUCCAACCUCACUCACGAAAUCCUGGCUGCCGGCCCCAUUAUUGAGUAAAUAACCUCGACUUGUGCAUAUAGAGUUUGGUGGUGGUUUCAUAAGGAAUGCAGCAGCAAAGAGCUGCCUCUCCAGUUCUAUCUAGAUAUGAUACAGACGGCUGAUUUUGGGUUCGGUUCUUCAAGUUGGACACCUUUUUUGCACUCUGGCUCCCGGUUCUGUAGUUUUGGCAGCAUACGAACGUCGUAGGCCUACUUUACAGUGGACAAACGUAUAUACAUGUACAUGUGAGAAAACGCGCACCUCCGGACCUCGACCUGAAUUCGGCUCGGUCUCCGGUGGUAAAUUUUUUGCUAUAUCAAGAUAUUCUUCUCGAGUGUUCAAAAAAUCGAGCCUACUUCUCAGAUU